AGAGAGGAAGAGAAAGUUUACUCCGUACGCGAACUCACCAACUUCCAGUUCUGGAAGGCCGUUCGCACCGAACUGCUGGCAACGCUGCUGCUAGCCAUGACCGGAUGCGGUGUUGCGCUGCAGUGCACCGAAGCGACACCUGCCGACGACCUGAAGGUGGCGCUGGCGUUCGGUCUGACGGUGGCGACGCUCGUGCAAUGCGUCGGCCACGUUAGCGGCGGCCACAUGAACCCUGCCGUCACCGUCGGCAUGCUAGUCACCGGUAACAUCUCGCCGGCACGCGCCGUCUGCUAUUCGAUGGCGCAGUGCACGGGCGCCAUCGCCGGCACGGCUGUUCUCUACGGUCUCAUCCCGGCCACGCUGAGAGGGGACCUCGGUCUGACGCGCGUUCAUGCGGCCGUAUCUCUCGCACAGGCGUUCGGAAUCGAGUUCAUCAUCACCUUCGUGUAUGCGUUCGCUGUGUUCGCUAAUCUGGACCCGAAGCGAAAGAGCAUGGGAUCGCGCUCCCUGGCGAUUGGAUUCGCCGCGCUUGUUGGGAAUCUAUUUGGCUUUCAUUACACGGGAGCGAGCAUGAAUCCAGCGCGAUCCCUCGGUCCAGCCGUCGUACUCAACUCGUGGGAACAUCACUGGAUCUACUGGCUGGGACCCGUCUUAGGUGGCGUACUGGGCGGGUUUACGUACGAGUACACGCACGAUUCGAAACGCUUCCCACAGCGGCUUCGCCUCUCCUUCCUGACAGUAUCAGCAUCCGAGCUCCCGCGAAGCGAAACGGUGCUUAGCAACUGUACAGAGAUGACGUCAGCAUCGGUAGAUGACCUGCACAUCUAGUGUCGACGAAAGUACACGCAGGCACGUGGAUAUAGCUUCCACUGAUGUAAUGAUUUGUAGGUAGUCGUGAAUUAUUUACCUACUACCAAAUGUUUUAAUAUUUAUGAUGAUAUUUCAUAUUUACACAUAA